AGACUCUAAUUUUGAGGGAUCUCGUCACCGUUCGGUAACCUCACCGACGAGUCCCCAUCCUCCGGGUUCCCUUUGUCUCUUGGAUCACGAUCAAAACCCCCCUCGUUUCUAGGGUUUUCCUUUCUUCUGAUCAAGAUCCAAAUCAACAUUGCUGAGUCCUUGAAUUUCGCUGAAUUUCAAUCUUUUCUCUUUGAUUCCUUUAGUACUUGCAAAUUUUUCGUUGAAAUUUUCUUGAAAGUAGUGUUUUUUUUUUUCCUUUGCCUUUUGGGAUCGGUUCUUUUCCUUUAGAUUUUGCCCCUCUUUUUUUCCUGAUUUUGACAUUUUGUUUGGUGUUUGAUUUCUUUGGGGGAGAUUUUUCGAAGUUUGAUUAGUGGAAUUGUUGUUAUUCGAAAAAGAAAGAGCAAUUGAGGGUUUUGGAGCAAUGACCGAGAAUUUCCCAGAUCCAAUGGAGGUUCCAAAUCCCUUGGGAAAUCUUAAUCCGAAGCCAGUCUUGCCUUCCUUGAACGACGACGACGGAUCCGAAGCCACCGUCGCCGCAGAGAAGGACGCCGGGGACUUCGUCUUGGAAACGCCAUCUGAGAAGCUUACCCAAGAGCCCAGUGAAGAAGCUUCGAAAUCUCAUGAAGCCGAAGCCUGGGACGCUGUUUUGGUGGAUGAUAUCGCCGGUGAGAAUAAAUCGAAUGCCUUGGAAGAGGCUCCAGAGAAGAAUUCCGGUGAGUGUAGACCUGGACUGAUAGUGCCCGAGAAGAAGGAGGAAAGAAAGGUUGGAACUUUAGUGGCGGCAGCCAUGAAGAAGUAUGCUGCUCCGCGUUCGUCUAACUACCAUGGAGUGACAAAGCUAAAAUGGAGUGGGAAAUUUGAGGCGCAUCUUUGGGAUAACACUAGCCAUGUUGAAGGGAGGAAAAGAAAAGGCAAACAUGUGUACUUAGGUAGUUAUGAGUCUGAGGAACAGGCAGCAAGGUCGCAUGACCUGGCAGCUCUUAAAUACUUCGGUCCAGGGCCAAAUGGAAAACUAAACUUCCCUAUCUCAGAAUAUGAGAAAGAAAUGGAGAUAAUGACGAAAAUGUCCCAUGAGGAAUUUGUUGCCUAUGUUCGGAGGCAAAGUAGUUGCUUCUCACGAGGAGCAUCAAUGUACAGAGGUGUGACGAGAAGGCGGAAAGAUGGGAAAUGGCAAGCAAGGAUAGGUCGGGUUGGUGAAAGCCGGGACGCUAAAGACAUCUACCUCGGAACCUUUGACACGGAAGAAGAAGCUGCCGAAGCUUAUGAUAUCGCAGCCAUUGAACUGCGAGGAGCUCACGCAGUGACAAAUUUUGAUAUUAGUAACUACUACGAGGGAGGAACUCUGAAACGAUUAGAUGAUACCUGCAAACAGGAGACAUGAAACCAGAGGAUUCUUCUUCAACUUCUUCUUUUUCCUUUUUUUAUUUUUUUCAAGAUCAAUGAUAAAAAGUUUGGUUGCUUGUUCCCAGCUCACCAUUUUAUUCACCAUCUCUGGGGAUGUUCCAUAGUUUUUGUUUUUCCUACUUAAAUCACAAUCUAAUUAUGGGACACUAUACACUGAGAGUUGUCAUCGGAUCUAGAACUUAAAGAGUCUUCAGCAAUUUUUAGUGAAAGUGAAAGCUUUUUGUUGUCAA